AUGCGAUGUGACAGGGGGCCAGCGAUGCGACGGGGGGUGCUGGCGAUGAUAACGGUUACGUUCAACAUCAACAACAGCAUUCCGCCCUCGGUUGAGGACGACGCGCAGGAGGAGCAGAAGCCUGGCGAGCAGGAGCCUGAUCUUACAUCAACUCCCAACUUUGUUGUGGAAGUAAUAAAAGAUGAUACAAAGCAGACCCUCGUUCUUGACUGCCAUUACCCCGAGGAUGAGGUUGGACACGAGGGAGAGGAAGAAAGCGACAUUUUCACAAUCCGGGAGGUCAGUUUUCAGCCCACCGGAGAAUCGGACUGGAAGGACACCAACUACACCCUCAAUACGGAUUCCCUUGACUGGGCCCUGUACGAUCACUUAAUGGAUUUCCUGGCUGACCGAGGAGUGGACAACACCUUUGCUGAUGAGUUAAUAGAGCUCAGCACGGCGCUGGAGCACCAGGAGUACAUUAAAUUCCUUGAAGACCUUAAAAGCUUUGUCAAGUGUCAGUAGUUUAGGCAGCUUAUCUUCAAGUGUGGGUAUGCCACAGCUCUGCCCCAGCCAGCAAUGCCCAAAUAUAUCUUCACAAGGGAUACAGAGAGCGAGUAACUUGGCGUUUGGAGAAUGAGGAUUCCCGCUGGUAAUUUGGGGAAUUGUAUUUAUGUUGCAGCCCAGAUCAAGUUCACUGACGUUAUGGUCCGGAAUUGCCUCACCCU